AGACUAGUUAAGACAUCUACGCCUUUCUCUUCGCCAUUGCUGAACCCAAGGUUCGGUUCUGCUGAACUUGUAGAGACAGCGCGAUGCAGAGUCUGAGAGGAGAGGUGGUGCUGAACAUGUCAGCAGACAAGGCAUGGGAGAUGUACAGAGACAACGAUAUUAUCAGCAAAAUCAACCCUCAGAUGCUGUCUUCUGCUGAAUAUGUUCACGGCAAUGGCAACCCUGGCAGUCUCCGUCUCUUCAGGCUCGGCCCCGCUGUGAGCAACUACGUGAAGGAGUCGACUGAACAGAUAGAGAGUGUUGAGACAGGACGAUCCAUUACAUAUCGUGUAGUUGGAGGCGACCUGAGCAACAUGUAUGAUCCCUACAGAGUCACCUUCAACUUCACUCCUGUUAAAGGAAAGGAGGAUGAGAAAUGUAUUGCAGAGUGGAAAGCUGAGUUUGAGCCGUUGGAUCCAUCAACACCUCCCCCAGAGAAGGCACGGGAUGCCGCUCUGGGAUUUCUCAAGUCGUUCGAGAAGUUCCAGUUCAGCUACUAAUUUGUUAUGUAUGGUGUCAAUGGUCUAAAAAUAAAAGUUGACAUGUAAUGGCAUACACAAAGAAGACUAUAUAUGACGAGGAGGUCAGAAUGUCCCUUUUUUCGGGAGAGUAAA